AGGAGGCGCUGGAUCUCAGUGCGCAAAUGAGUCAACGUGUGCGGAGGACGCUCUCAGUCUCUCUCCAUCAUCCAUGACCGCUGUUGUUUCCCUCUGCUGUUCAGUUGCUCCGAUCCGUCCCGAGACACAGGUCUGCGACAUUCAGUCCAGUGAGAGAUGAUGCACUUCAUCUGCUCAUAUUCCAAUGGCUUCUAAAUGAGCAGCCGCGCGCGUAAAGGGCUCCCUGUUCACCAGAAUUGUUUGGCUGUCGUUCCGUGCGCUCCGCUUUGGCUUCUUUUCGGAGAAGAAAGAGGGAAACUCAGAUUCUUCAAGCUGUUUUGGGGGUAAAUGUUGAAGCUGGAUGGCUGGUGCUCAGCCUGGCGUUCAUGCGCUUCAGCUCAAGCCGGUGUGCGUCUCGGAGAGUCUGAAGCGAGGCAGCAGAUUUAUGAAAUGGGAUGAGGAUUCGUCUACUGUGACUCCGGUAACGUUGCGCGUGGAUCCGCAGGGCUUCUUUCUGUACUGGACGGAUCAGAAUAAGGAGACCGACCUAUUGGACAUCACCUACAUCAAAGAUGCAAGAACGGGCAAAUGCACCAAAACCCCAAAGGAGGCGAAGCUUCGAGAGCUUCUGGAUGUGGGGAAUCUUGUGGGACGGAUAGAGAACAGAAUGUUGACCGUGGUGACAGGUCCAGACAUGGUCAAUAUCCAGUACCUGAACUUCAUGGCCUUCCAGGAGGACGUCGCCAGGGAGUGGGCAGACGAGCUUUUCAGUCUGGCGUCCAACCUACUCGCUCAAAACAUGGGCAAAGAAUCAUGUCUGGAGAAAGCUUACACGAGGCUCAAGCUGCAGACCAAUCAGGAGGCUCGGAUCCCCGUGAAAAACAUCUUCCGUAUGUUUUCGGCCGAUCGGAAGCGAGUGGAGACGGCGCUGGAGAGCUGUAACCUCCCGUCCGGGCGGAACGACUCCAUCCCUCUGGAGGAUUUAACCCCUGAGGUUUAUAAAUCAUUUAUCAAUCACCUCUGUCCACGACCUGAUGUUCACCAAAUCUUUACUGAUCUUGGUGCAAAGAGCAGAAACUGUCUGACGCUGGAUCAGAUGACCGACUUCAUCAAUAGCAAACAGAGAGAUCCACGGCUCAAUGAGAUCUUGUACCCGCCGCUGAAGACUGAACAAAUUAAACAGCUCAUGGAGAAGUUUGAGCCCAACCCGGAAAUGAUUGAGAAAGGGCUGAUCUCUGUGGAGGGCUUCACCAGGUAUCUGAUCAGUGAAGAGAACAGCGUCAUUCCUCCAGAGAAACUGGACCAGAGUGAAGACAUGAGCUUCCCCCUCUCACAUUACUUCAUCAACUCAUCACACAACACAUAUCUCACAGCGGGUCAGCUGGCAGGGAACUCUUCUGUUGAGAUGUAUCGUCAGACUCUGUUGUCUGGUUGUCGUUGUGUGGAGUUGGACUGUUGGAAGGGUCGUACCGCAGAGGAAGAGCCCGUCAUCACACACGGAUUCACCAUGACAUCUGAAAUCUCCUUCAAGGAAGUGAUUGAAGCCAUCGCCGAGUGUGCUUUUAAAACCUCUCCCUUCCCCGUCAUUCUGUCCUUCGAGAAUCACGUGGACUCUCCCAAACAGCAGGCCAAGAUGGCAGAAUAUUGCAGAUCGAUCUUUGGAGACGCUCUUCUGACUGAACCUCUGGAGAAAUAUCUUCUGGAGUCGGGUGUUCCUCUGCCGAGUCCUCAAGAGCUCGCGGGGAAAAUCCUCAUCAAAAACAAGAAAUCUCACCCCAAACCGUCUGACGGAAGCACAAAGAAGAAGCUGUCUGAGCAGGUGUCCAACACUAACAGUGAUUCCUCCAGCGUCUUUGAACCCUCGUCACCCAGCACUGGACCUGCUGCGUCCGCGGAGGUGGAUGCUGAAGAAGACGAUGAUGACGAAGAUGAUGACGACGACUGCAAGAAAUCCAUGGAUGAGGGCACGGCCGGAUGUGAGGCGUUUGCCACUGAAGAAAUGUCCACCUUAGUCAAUUACAUCCAGCCCACCAAAUUUCAUUCCUUUGAGAUUUCCAAAAAAACCAAACGCAGUUAUCAGAUGUCAUCGUUUGUGGAGACGAAAGCACUGGAACAGCUCACGAAGACCCCCGUAGAGUUCGUGGAAUACAACAAGUUUCAGCUGAGCAGAAUUUAUCCUAAAGGAACACGCGUGGAUUCCUCAAACUACAUGCCUCAAGUGUUCUGGAACGCUGGCUGUCAGCUCGUAGCACUCAACUUUCAGACUAUUGAUCUUUCAAUGCAGCUCAACCUCGGGAUGUACGAGUAUAACGGGAAAAGUGGAUAUAGACUGAAGCCGGAGUUCAUGAGACGGCCGGAUAAAAAUUUUGAUCCUUUCACAGAGAGCACAGUGGACGGGAUCGUAGCCAAUACUUUAUCAGUCAAGAUCAUAUCAGGACAGUUUUUGACAGAUAAGAAGGUGGGUGUGUACGUGGAGAUUGACAUGUUUGGACUUCCAGUGGAUACAAGACGUAAAGCUUUUAAGACAAAGACGUCCCAGAGCAACGCCAUCAACCCGGUGUGGGACGAGGAGCCCAUCGUCUUUAAAAAAGUGGUUCUGCCCACUCUUGCGUCUCUGAGGAUAGCCGUGUUUGAAGAGGGAGGAAAGUUCAUCGGUCAUCGUAUAAUUCCUGUCUCUGCCAUUCGACCAGGUUAUCGUUACAUUGGUCUGAGAAAUGAAAAGAAUCAAGCUCUGACUCUUCCGGCUUUAUUCGUGUAUAUUGAGGUGAAGGAUUAUGUCCCGGAUACGUUUGCUGAUGUUAUUGAAGCGCUCUCCAACCCCAUCAGAUACGUCAACUUAAUGGAGCAGAGAUCCAAACAGCUGGCGGCUUUGACUCUAGAAGAAGGAGAAGAAGAAAAAGAAAACCACGAGGCUGAAAGCAGUGUUGAACAUUCAUCAGAGGUUAAAACUGAACCCGGUCCUGCUCCGAUAGAGAACGGUCUGAGUCACACACCCAGCGUCGCUCCUAAACCUGCGUCUCAGAUCAGUGCUCAGCCACAGUCCACAGGCUCAAUGAAGCCGGCGGUGAAGACUGAAGAUCUGAUUCACAGUGUUCUCACCGAGAUGGAAGCUCAGUCCAUCGAGGAGCUGAAGCAACAGAAGACGUUCGUACGAGAACAGAGGAGACAUUACAAAGAGAUGAAGGACCUGAUGAAGAAGCAUCACAAAAAGACCACAGAGAUGAUCAAAGAACACACAGCCAAAUACAAUGAGUUCCAGCACGAUUACCUGCGCAGACGCGCCGUCCUCCUGAAAUCUGCCAAAAGAGAUGGUAAGAGGAGGUGUCUGUCAUCCAGUCCAGAACACGGACCGUUUUUUUUCGAGCAGGAGGUGGCCAAUCUGGAUCAGGAGAGUGGACAGAAACUGUCAGAACUGAAAGAGCAACAACAACAACAGCUGCUGAACCUCCGUCAGGAACAAUAUUACAGCGAGAAAUACCUGAAGAAAGAACACAUCAAACAGGUGAUCGAGAAGCUGACCGUCAUCGCAGAAGAAGGUCAAAGUCACCAGUUGAAGAAGCUGAAGGAAGUGUGUGAGAAAGAGAAGAAAGAACUGAAGAAGAGAAUGGACAAGAAGAGACAAGAGAAGCUGAAUGAAGCCAAAUCGAGAGAGAAGCACUUGACAGAAGAAGAGAAACUGGAGAUCAACAGGUCGUAUGUCAAUGAGGUGGUUCAUCACAUUAAGAGGCUGGAAGACGCUCAAACCAAAAGACACGAGAAGCUGGUAGAGACUCAUAAGAGCAUUCUGCAGCAAGCACUGGAUGAAAAACCCAAGCUUCAGAAUGACCUGGAUCAGGAAUAUCAGGAUAAAUUUCGCCGGCUCCCGCUGGAGAUCCAGGAGUUUGUCCAUGAAAGCACCAAGAGAAAGACUGAGGACGGAGACCAAGACGUUCUGCCGUCUUCUGCCACGCUGGAGAAACUCAAUCAGUCUGAAGAUGACAUGGAUGAAGAGAAGAAGGACUUGACCGUGUGAUGUCACACUUCUUCCAUCUUUACUUUGGAUGAGUCACGAUGGGUCGCUCCAGAUGACAUCAGACCUUCUUGGACCUGAAACACGUGGCUCAAUGUCAUGCUGGGGAAUUUAGUCUUCUGUUUUAUUUUUAUUUCUUGAUCUGAUUCUUCUUGAAAUGAGUGUUGUUUUCGGCAGGUGAUGGUCAUGAACACUGUAGCGACGAGUGGAUCUCACCCAAACAUUCAGGUCACAUUUCAUCCCGAAACCCAAAGAAAGAUUUAUUUCAUUUUGAGAUUGUAUAUUAUAUAUAUUAGAGGACGAUUAUGCACAUUUUCUCUCUAAAUUAAGUCAUAGGGCAAAACAAAUCUGGAUGUUUUACUUUUUAAAUCUAUUGAUGAUUUCCAUUGGAUUAUGUUGUGAAAUGUGACCUGGACUUGUGGUGAGUUGUGUGAGAUUCACACGUCUGGAUGAGAGAGUUAACCAGGUUUAUUUGCACUGAAACGAUGAUGAUGAUGAUGAAGAUUUGAAUCAUCUGCUGCUGUUGGCGAGUGUCGCUGGUGUAUAUUAGACGGACAGGUGAUGGUUUGGAGAUGCUGACGCUCAUUCUCUCAAACACUGACCGCUAACCGCUGUCAGGGACGCAUGCUUUCAGCCAAUCAAACGCUUUGUGCUUCUACGUCAGCAAUAUAGCUUGUGUUGUAAUGUGAUGACUAUUAUCAAUUUGUGAAGAUGUGUCGACAUUUACAAGCUUUAUUUAUUUAUUUAUUUUUUAGGAGGUUUUAAAAAAAUAUAAUUCUGUAUAUUUCCGUUUGAUUUGCUGUUUUUAAAUUCCUCUCGUUUCCGUUCAGGGGGUUAUAUGAUAAUGUUGUUUAUUUAAUCACUUUUGUGUGUAAUAUUGGCAGAAUUUUCCACUUAGCAUUAAUUUCACAGAGUGAAUCUCACGAGAGCUCAUCCAGAGCUUUCACCUCAAAAUAAUAAUUAAAAAUAUAUAUAUAUGUUUUGCCAUUAUGAGAAAAUGAGUCAUCCUCAAUAAUGAUUUUUUGCAUUGUGGUAGAAAUGUUUCAGACAUAAAUUGUGCAUGAUUGUCACGAUCAAACAGUUUUAGCUCAUUGUUUAAAGUGUGGUGAAAUGGGAUUGGAUUUCCUGAGAUUCACUCUGUGUUAAAUAAAAGAAGUAAUGCAGAUGAAGAAUAAAAUAUGAAAAUGGAUAUGCACUUUGGAGGUUUUUCAUGGUUAUGCAAACUUUCUACAUGACUCAAAAAGCAUGUAAUAUUAAAUAAUUUUUUAAUAUUUCAUCUUGUUAAGGAUGUAGGACACGUGUAAGGAUUUUAUGCCAAGUCAAAUUUCAUUUUGGAAUCUUUUACAUCACGGUGUCUUUAAGCAACUUGUUGGUUGUUUAUUUUUUACUUUGGUUUAAUAUACUGUAAAAAGUGCCAAAUGUGUUUUGUUUUUGUUCAGUUUUUAGCCGGUACUGAUGGUUCAAUAAAACCAUCAUAAAUGAUAAAACACGCAUGUUGCAUAAUGUCUGUUUAGUCUGUUUAUUGACUAAACCAGUUGGACUGUUUGCUUGAAAAGACUGAAAUGUUAAUGGAAACUGACACAGUCGCAGCUACUAAAGAGAGUUUAUCAUUUAUUCAUUUCCCCACAUCUUAUAGUUGACAUGUACAUUGAUCCUGUAUAUUCACUUCUUCGAGUAUUGUAUUGAAUUUUUACAACACAAUGAUUCUGUGCCAUUGUUUCUUUUUUGACCAAAAUCUUUUUGCAGCGUAAAAUUUCUUGAAUUCCUUUUUUGACUAUGAGAUUAUUUUUGAUGGGUUUAAAGUGAAGUCCUGUGCCUUUGAAUGUGUAUUCUAUGUUAGGUGUGGAAUGUAAACAGUGACGAUGAAUAGAUGCUCAUUUUUGUAUAAACCGUAAGCGCAAUUUUCAGGCAUUUCUACAGAAUUACUGUAGAUAGAGAUGAUCGUAUCAAACCCAUUACGAUACUGAAUGCCACACGUAUUCUUUUGCACUUCAAUCCUGUUUUUAAAACAUUUUGUCCCAUUAAGUUGUUAAUCUCACAAAUAUCAACAUCUUUGGAAGACAAAUAUUGUUGAAUGUAAGUUGUGCUCGUGCUGUGCAUUGGUUUCAAUAAAAUUGUUCUUGUGAAAUUUGGGC